UAAUGCAGGGAGGCGUCAAGGCGCGAGCUGUAUUUAGAGUCAGCCACCUGCUUGGGAACAUCAAGCUGCAGAAAGAGCCUGCUUCAGCAAAACCCUCCCUGUGCAUUCCACAGCAGCGGCUGCCAGCAGGCCCUCCCUGCUCUGCCUGACCCUGCAUGAGGCCUCCAAAGGGGUCAGCACCUGAAGACAGACCCCGUCAGCCCAGGAGUGUCUGAGCCUGGCACUCCCUCUGCUCAGGAACUGCCAGAUAUUUUGGACAGCUGCAAGGUGGAAUUAAAUCACGUGGGUGAAGAGUGGCCUAAUCUCUACAUAGGCAAUAUACAGUUUCUUUACCAAACUGAAGAAAACGAAAACCUGUCUCUGAUACAGCCUGAGUGCAUGCAAAGGAACAGCAGGAUGCUUCGCACCAGAGACUCUUCACCUCUGACUAGGAGCCCUAUCUACGAAACACCGUCACUAACAGAUCUCCAGCAGCUCCUGUGGCUCAGAGGAGGCUCUGAUAAUCAUGUGGACCAAGUCUGGCCAAAUAUCUACGUGGGAGAUGCGUGGGCUGCUAGGAGCAAAGCUACACUUCAAAGCCUCAAAAUUACUCAUAUCCUUAAUGCAGCAGAUGGACCAUAUAACAUCGACACGGGAGCCAAAUAUUAUGCAGAUCUGCAAAUAGAGUACUAUGGAAUAGAAGCAUUUGAUGAUCCUGCCUUCGAUUUAAGUGUCUUCUUCUAUGAUGCUGCCAAUUUCAUACGCAAGGCCCUAAACUCUUCAGGAGGUAAGGUGUUCGUUCAUUGUGCCAUGGGAGUGAGCCGCUCAGCAACUUUAGUGCUUGCCUUUCUAAUGAUCCAUGAAAACAUGACACUCGUGGAUGCUCUGAAGACAGUGAGCACUCACAGAAACAUCUGCCCAAAUAUGGGGUUCCUCAGCCAGCUCCGGGACUUGGACAUUAAACUGAAUGAAGAGAGGAAAAAAACCAAAGCAUCUGCCACCACAGGCCCAUAAGAGAAUAUUGCUGAAACAAAGAGGACAAAAUCCUGCCUGCAUCUCCUCUAGAUGAACUGCAUUUAUAAAUUUAGGACACAAGUUUAUGGGACACCAGGACGCAUGCUAUUAAUAAAAGUAGAUUUUGCUUGAUCUUUCCAUUUUGCAAAGCCUUCCUAGAUUUAUAUUUAUGAUUGGUUGUAUACUCUAUCCUUCACUCUCCACCUUAAAACAUUGCAGUCUGCUAGCUUAAAAGAAAAAAAAAAAAAGAAAAAGAAAGAAAAAAGAGAAAGAGAUCAGGUUCCACUUCAGAAAUAGCUGUGUUUCAGCAACUAGUGGAGCUCAUAUCACUUUAUGAAGUGUUAGGCUAUUUGAGGUGAAAGAUGCCAUAUUAUUUAUGCUACAGUAAUGCUUAGAAAUUUUCUUAUGAACCUGCCCCCCACCCCUUCACUCCCUGUAUCUCAGAGGGUUUGUAUUUUGAGACUUGAAUCUGGCACUGGUUAGUUCUUACUUUUGCAAUUGGUGGAGCUCCUGAGUUG